AGGAGCCUUUGGUGUUGUGUCCUCAUCUGCGGCCUUUCUCCGGCUGGUGUCUCAGCAACUUCUGUCCCUCACGCCCACCCAUCCUGGUUGGUCUCCGCCUACCUUGGCCUUUGUGGCUCUGAUUCUCUGAUUCUUUUGUUGAGAUUCAACUUUUUAUCGUUUCCAUGCGUCAAUAUUCCCCUCUCUGAAACACACCCAUCUCACUUGCACAUCAAGACCGCAAAAGGGUGACUUUCCUAUCGAUUUUACUAUUUGUACAAAGGCCUUGAUUCAUCCCAUCCUCGCCCCUUCAAUUUCCUACUUCCCCAAUAAAAAUCUCGACACCCAUUUCAUUUGAUUUGAUUGCGUGCGUCUGCUUGAAGAGUUUCUAUCAGCUCUGAUGGAGGACGUAGCCAAGGACUUAACUUCGGGGACUGUUGGGGGGGCAGCACAGUUGAUUUGUGGACACCCCUUUGACACCAUCAAGGUCAAGCUCCAGAGCCAGCCUGCUCCACUCCCUGGUCAGCCCCUCAAAUAUUCUGGUGCAAUGGAUGCUGUCAAGCAAACAUUUGCAGCAGAAGGUCCAAAGGGCUUCUACAAAGGCAUGGGAGCACCCCUUGCCACUGUGGCUGCCUUCAAUGCCGUCCUCUUCACAGUGAGGGGACAAAUGGAGGCAUUAUUGAGGUCUCAGCCUGGUGCACCCCUAACAGUUAACCAGCAGGUUGUCUGUGGAGCUGGGGCUGGACUUGCGGUUUCCUUUCUAGCUUGCCCCACUGAAUUGAUCAAGUGCAGAUUGCAAGCUCAGAGCGUAUUGGCAGAGUCUGGCUCAGGUGCCGUGGCAGUGAAGUACGGUGGCCCAACGGAUGUGGCAAGGCAGGUUCUCAGAUCAGAAGGGGGUGCUGUGGGUCUCUUUAAGGGCUUGGUUCCCACCAUGGCUCGUGAAGUACCUGGAAAUGCUGCAAUGUUUGGUGUCUAUGAAGCCCUGAAGCAGUUUUUAGCAGGUGGCCAAGACACAUCUGGGUUGGGAAGGGGCUCUUUAAUUUUGGCGGGAGGCUUGGCUGGUGCUUCCUUCUGGGCUGGUGUCUACCCAACUGAUGUUAUCAAGAGUGUAAUUCAGGUGGAUGAUUACAAAAAUCCAAAGUAUAACGGUUCUUUCGAUGCCUUGAGAAAGAUCCUGGCAUCAGAGGGAGUCAAAGGCCUAUACAAGGGUUUUGGACCUGCCAUGGUCCGUAGUGUUCCAGCAAAUGCAGCAUGUUUCUUGGCAUACGAGGUGACGAGGUCUAGUUUGGGAUGAUCAUUCUCCACUCGCCAAAUGGUUCGAGUCAACAUCAGUCAUUUUUUAUGUUCCAAAAUAAUGUUAACCACCAUCUCAUAUUCUCAUUUUACAUCAUUGAAUGAAAGCCCAUUCUUGAAUUUUCAAGCAA